AUGGCAGCAGCACAAGGAUUCGCAAAACCGUGGGUAGAGUUCGAAGAGGAGCUAGGCGAACGCCCUCUCCUCCACGGACCAGUUCCCACCGCCAUUGAAGAAUUUGCUGCUCUAGGUGGAAGAUUGUUCGCAAAAUACACAUUCCCUGCGCCAGACCCGGCCGUCAAGACGGAAGAUCGAACGACGGAGGAUGGAUUGAAAGUGCGUGUGUACACGCCAGAAGGCUACUCGGGCGGGAAGCCAGUCGGCGUGUAUUUCCAUGGCGGUGGAUGGGCGCUAGGAAACAUCGACGGCGACGAUGCGUUGUGUAGGCAGAUUGCGAAAAGUGGCGACGUAGUGAUUGUCUCGGUCGAAUAUGGUCUUGCGCCUCAGAAUGUGCAUCCAGGCCUCAUCAACGAUUGUUUCAAGGGCUUCGAAUGGACGUUGAAGAAUGCGAAAGCAUUGGGUGGUGUUGAAGGCAAGAUCUUUACUGCUGGCGUCUCGGCUGGAGGUCACUUGUCCAUUGUUACGGCUCUGAGAGCUAUCGAUGAAGGUUAUGGAGAUGCCCUGGUUGGUGUGGUAGCUCAGAUUCCAGUGACGGUCCAUCCAAAGGCAGUUCCCGAGGACCUCAAAUCGAAGUACACAUCGUACGAGGAGCAUGCUGAGAAUAGCAUUGCCACAAAAAGCGCUAUGGAAGCCUUCUGGGAAGCAUUUGGGGCUCCUCCAAAUGAUCCAUAUGCUUCGCCUCUAUUGCAUACUAAGAUUGGAGAACUCAAGAAAGUUUAUCUCACUAUAGAUGGACAUGAUACACUGAGAGACGAUGCACUUCUAUUCAGGGAGAAGCUUGAUGAGUUGAAGGUACCAUACAAGUCGGACUUCUACGAAGGAUAUCCUCACUACCACUGGACCUGGCCAUCCCACAAGUUGGAUGAGCCAAGGAAUGAAUACAAUGCCAAUCUUGCAGCAGGAAUCAAGUUUGUAACUUCAUGA